GGCAGGCAGCUGUCAAUCGCGCUUGUUUUUGUUUGUCAUCGUUGCCGGUUUUGCCGUUGUUCCGCCCGAGAUCCGAGUGUCCUGAAAGCAAAUUAUCUCUUUGCAAAAUGAGCUUAAAUUUUGGUGAAAUCGUAGAACCAUCCACUCGUGCCUUCUGGGACGACUACGACGAGGAAGAGGAAGGCGACGCAAAACCAUUCGAACCUUUGGAGUGGAUCGUUUUUAGCGAACAGGAUGCAAACACUACGGAAGAGACGGAAAUUCAGAAAACACUCACCGCACCCUUUCGUUUGCUCAUCUUCGAGGGACAAAAAGUGAACAGCUUCGUUGUAACGGCUAUUCUGAAGGGCAACAAAAGUCCGGUCCUGCAGCUUUCCUCAGGCACGGUGUGCCUGUUCCAUGUCCCUGCCGAGCGGCUGGUGGUUUGCGUAUCGGAAGAAAUCGAUCCCAAUCUUUUCGGACACAUUACCGAGAAGCUGGAACCGUGGCUAGUGGCAGCAGAAAGCGUUACUACGAUUUCCCUUCAACCGGCCGUCAUGUACAAGGGUGCCACCGAGCGCGAGCUGGAGCAAGUGUGCUUCAUCAAGAGUUUGGGCGACGCCGUUACCGAUAGAUCGGUCGGUAAGCUGGAGGCACCGAAUGUGCUGACCGGUGUAGCAGCAGGAGCAGUUGGAUAUCGAAAGUUCCAUCUCAAACCGGCAGCUGCUUACGGGUGCUAUGUGGAUUCGGUCGUUAUCGAUUCGGUGUCUGCGGAACCAAUUCUCCGAUUGUUGAAGUCGAUUGGGCUACCGUGCGCCGAGCGAUACGAGCUUAAAUUUAGAAACACUUCCAACCUUUACAUGUAACGCAGAUGCUGCUCUUUGAGAGAUACGACCAUACGGUGAUGGAUGGUUCCGGUGAAUAAAGCAAACCCCGGGCAGAAAAUUCA